AUGUGCUUCCGCCCUAAGAAAGUCUUAAAAAAAUUCUUCAAGAAAACUCGCACCAGAUGGCCUAAGUCUUUGGAAAAUUUAUUGUUAGUUAUUUUAUUGUCACUCUCUUGAUAGAUCUGUCACUGCAGCCCUCCGAUCAGGCGCAAUCUUUUAAUCCUAACUUUCGCUCCAAUAUAGUUUAAUAAGCUUAUGUUGACUACGUGCUUUUCGAUAUCAGUUAACAAUCUGUUAGAUUAACAAACUAUUAUGUACUGUAUCGACCGAAUAUUUUCUUUUUGCCUUUAGGUUGAAUUCAGGAUGGUCUUUUCACUCAAGUACACCCGCGAGAAAAACAGGUAGAAAAUCGGAUAUCACGGAAAGCGAACAAGAGAUCAUCAGAAAUGUUCUGGAACGAGCGGAAAGAAUUCGCCAUGCAGAAGAAGAACGUAUCGGGUAAGAAGUUUAUAUCAGUCUAAAAAUAUCAUUAGGGAUCAGAAAGAAUGAGAUUUCUUUGUGUAUAGAAAGGGAGAAAAUGUAACAUAUAUUCUGCAUUAAAAUUUAACGCUUUGUCUGCCGUGAUUUGCAUUCAAUUGAUGUUUACAUUGAGCAUAAUUUGUUUUCUUUCGCUGAAAAAACGUUCCAUUUCGUUGUGGUGAAUAAUGUAUCUAUUUGCACGUCAUGCCCUUUUCCAGCAUUUUAUUGUGGUAAAAUUUUUUUUCCGGUAAAACACUUGAAAUCAAAAUGUCAGAUGGAAUUAAAGAGACGAUGCAUUGGAUUUAUGACAAAUUUCUGUUCGCAGACGUGAUUGGACUUUACUGUCACCUUGGUCGGAUAAGCUAAUCAAAGGACAAUUGAAAUUCGCCAGAAUUCUGAUAGAGUAAACACCAUUUUUUCAAAUUUCAAUACCAGACUUGAAUUAGUUUAAAUUUAUUUUUCCUUUUCAGUGAAAAAAAAAUCAAUACUUAGAAAGGCUUAGUAAUCAGGAUGAUCUGGCAUGUUUAUUGUAAAUAAUUUUAUCUCAGUUCUGCCUUAAAAGCAAAACUAAGGCUGCUUUAAUCUCACACCUGCUGAUCCAGACUUUUUUCACAGUCCUUAUUUAAAUACUGUGAAAGGGGUGGAGAGGAAGUUUACAAGGUUGACACAAUGCUGAUUGCUAAAUCUUUUAGAACAAAACACUAUGCAUCAAUCAGUCUCGAAAUUAAAAGAUGGAUGGUAAAAAAAUCUUUUCUGCUCCCCCAAGGCCAAACAUUUCCUUUAAACAAACUAUACAAUUUUGAAUUUUACCAUUUCCACCUAAGUAUCUUUCAUGAUAAAUAAUUAGUUGCUGUGUACAAUUGACAAUAAUGCACACAGUCACUCACAGAAUAGUGUAAAAUCUUAAAAUAGCAAUUACAUAUUACAUGUAUUUGCCAUAGGAUCAAAAUUUUGAAAACUGUUUAUCAAAACACACACUCUUGAAAUAAAAGCUGGAUUUUUUUCUUGUUGGGAAUAAUUUGCCAAAUUGAAGAAACCUUUAUACUGUGUGGUCAAAGUUUUUCUCGAUUAUGCAUGCAAAUGCUUUUGUGUAACAGAAGUCAUCCCAAUCAUAAAAUCAAAUUUCACGAGAAAAUUUUAGAAUUUGGAAUUUUACUUUAAUUUUAAAGCUUGCGAAAAAGAAGGAUGUGAUUUUACAAAUUUGUCUGUGGUUACAGAAGUCUGAAAAAAAAGAUUAACAAUUGACUGUAUGAGUCUACUACUCCCUAAGGAGGUUUUUAACCUUGUUAUGUUUUUAUUUCAAAAAAUUCCAGAUAGAAUUACUUUGGUAUUGUACAUGUAUUGCCAAGUAUGCACUAUUAGUGUUCCUGUUUUGUUUUAGUCUUAAUACUUUUUUAGGAAUAUCUGACUGUUGAUGUGAAUCAUAUCUUAGAAGUAUUUGAAAGACUUUUUAUAAAAAUUUCACAGCUCACUGCUUUAGUUCAUCUCUAGGUCAAGACUGACUUUCAAAUUACUUUUAACUUUUAGCAUGAUUAUGAGCUACUUACUAAAUUCUUAAAUAUUUUAACAAACUCUAGAUAUUUUUUGUUCUCACAACCUGUAUGCAAGAUAUUAUACUGUAAUCGUAAUGAGAAGCUACAAGUUAAUCUGUAUCACCUCUGAGGGUUGAGGGGUUAAAGAGGAAAAAUCGGGAACUGCAACAAGAAGUUAGCAGAGGGUUAUCAAGACAAGUGUACUUGUUUUAAGUGUUUUAAGUAUUUAACCCUUUAACUCCCAUGAAUGACCAAGACAGAAAUUCUCCUUACAAUAUCAAUACAAUAUCAAUACAAUAUAAAGCAGACAAGCGAUGAAAAUAAAGAAAAAUAUCAAUUAGGGGAUUAUAAGUUGAUCCAGUAGCAAAUUCUCCAAACUAACAUCACAAGAACUGUAUGGCAGACAGUAAGGAGAAUUACUGAUGAGAUCUUGGGAGUUAAAGGGUGAAGGUUAGAAAUUUUAUCAUCAUCAUAGAACUCUUAUGAUAAUUGUUAUUGUUAUUAAUAUUUUUGUUUAUAUUAGUGUUACUAUUAAUCCAUUACAGCCACUAAAAAGUCUUAUACCAGUGACUAAAUCAGUGUUUUUGAACUAGUGUGUUUUUCUUUUUCAAAGGCGUCUUGUGGAGAAGUUGGAGAACAUGCACAACAAUGCUCUCGGAGAUGGAAAAGAGACCUGUCUUCUUUGUGGUUCCAAGUUCUCACUUAAAGUUAUUUCAAAGAGAUGUGAUGUCUGUGAUAAGGUAUAAAUAAAAAAAGAACAGAAACAAUAUAUUGGCACAACUUUAAAAAAUUUUUUAAUUUUUAAUUUUUAAUGUGACUCUUGAUGCUAAGUUUUGCUAUAAAUUGAAUGCAAAAUUCCUUCUCUUUGUUAUUCUCAUCAAAGAUGUAAAGAAAGUCAGAUUACAGCUCAUAGAAUUUGUGAUAGAUGCAUUUGCAUUUGAAAAUAAUCCAUUUUUACCAUCCUUGAUGUUUUCUAAAUUAAGCUUAUCUUGCUUUUAAUUUAGAGCAUCAGUAUUAAAUACAUUUUAAGUUGCUACUUGGUGGCCAAAAACAGGUUGCUAAGUGGCAAAUGUGGCUAGCAAUUUAAUUGCCAGAGUUUGUUUCUUCUCACCUUGGCAGCUGAUAUGAUAGCAGCUUGGAGCACUGUUUAGGAAUUGCAUUGAUUGGGUGGAAGUUCUGCCAAAACUAAGAACAAAUUAAAGUAUUCUUUCUUGUGACUGUAGGGUGUUAGAGUUUGAAAUCAGAAGGUCUUCUUGAAGAAAUCACCAAGUACCCUUAAAUCUCACAGCUAAUUGCUAUAGUAUGGAUAUCUGUUUCCUUGAGACAAAGGUUGUUGGCUUGGGCUGAUGUAGAUUCAUGGAAACUGAAAAAAGAAAAAAAAAUUUUUGAUUUUGUAUGGUCUUAUGAGGCUGAUAACUGGCUUUCACAGAUAAUGAGAACUGGUUGCAUUUUACAAUUUAUUUCUUAAACCAAGUCUUAUUUUCAGUAUGUUUGUGAAAAGUGUGGUUUGAGGACUCAAGACUGUGAUGGUGAUAACAUUUGGCUGUGCAUGUUAUGCAGUGAACACAGAGAGGUAAAUUUACAAUUACCGGGUCACAUGACUGUGAAACUUACCUAGCCAAGGAUUACUGAAUACUGUAAACUGAGAGAGGAUGCUGAAUCUUUGGGAAGAGAAGAGAUGGAAUUUAAAAUUAAAAUUGAAAAAAAAAAAAAUUAAUAUCCACCAGGCAAGAUGAUCUGGAUUUCUUCAAGCUAUCCUGGGUCAGAUUUUUUCCAGAGCCAUGAUACGUCACUUUUAUGUGGGAGUUCCCCUUAGAGAGGUUUGAAUCUGCCAUAUUGAGAUGUCAUAAUGCCAGGGUAACUGAAAGCUCUCCCUGAAUAAACCCUUUACACCUGAACAUCAGUGUGUUUAUAUUCUCCAUACUGUCCUCUGUACUUGUCCUAAGGUGAUGAAAAGAUUAAGAAUUUGAUAUUUUUCUUUAAUCUAGACCUUCUGGUUUAGAAUUUGGUGAUCUGUCUUUCCUCAUGGGAGUCAAAGGGUUAAAUAUUCUUUUCUUCUGAUGUUAAGGUGAUGUGAUUCUGUGUUACAAUCUAGACCUUCUUUAGUUGGUGAUCAUUUCCUUUUUCUCCUGACAUAAAUGUGUGAUUAUGGGGUGAUAUAUAUGUCAGUCGACUCUUAAGGGUCAAAGGGUUAAGGUAAGUAUCAUAAUAGCAGUUACCACUUGCCGUUUAUUUCUUAUUUCUGUUCUGGGUCAUUCAAGUGUAAUGUAGUAUGGAUAUUUUCUCUUUCUACAGCUCUGGAAAAGAACUGGUGCAUGGUUUUUCAAAGCUAUACCCAAAUAUACAUAUCCAGCAACAGGAAGACGUACUUCCUCUAACAGAACUGUGAGUUUUGAAAUUUCUAGUAGAGAAAGGAUUGUCAUAACAUUGAUGAAUUGUUCAGCAAAAGAGAGUGUAAUGUAAAAAGAGAAAAUUCCAAACAGGUUGGAGCCAUGAAUUUGAUUCUCAUGUGACAAAAUAAAAAUUAUAUUUGAAAUAAGUAUUUUGUCACCUGUCCCUCUUUAUCCAAUAAGUUCUUGUUGCUGUGCAUCUGUUCAGUUAUAUAUCACAAAUGAUAUCAAAAUUUAGUGUGAACAAAAAAGUGGCACACAACGUGCAGGCAAGUGUUUUACCAACUUAAAUGUUCUAAUACCACAUUUUGACGUCAUCUCUGAUCCAUGACUUAAUAGGCCCAUGGCAACAUAGAAUCUAUUAUUUUGCAAAAAAGAAAUGAAAUAUUGUUAUUGAUAAUGUCAUUAAUGUGUCUGUCCUCCAAAAGAUUAGAGGUAAGAACCAAUCAUAAAUUAAAGUGUUUUUCAUCCAGCUUAUUAUAGAAAUUAUUAUUUGUAGGUGUCUUAAUGCAUCACACAUUGAAUUUUUCUUAAAUGUGAGUUUUUAUUGAUUUACAGGACACAACAUCUUCCAAUAGCUCAGACCAAAUUUUUUUCCCACAAUCAAAUAAAUACAACCAAUCAUGGACAAGUUAUUCAAAAUCUAAAGGUAAUGAAUUUUUUCUUUGUGAAUAUUUUUCAGCUUCCAUUUAAUGCAUACACUCAAUCUCUCUUUCUCCUUGUAAAAGUUGGAUAUAGUAGCCACAAGGUUGGCACCGCUGGACUCUAGAUUGAAAGGUCUGGGUUUAAACCCUCACUGGGGCAAGAGAAUUGAAUCUUAUGGUGCCUUUUUCCACCCAGGUGUAUAAAUGGGUACUAUGUUUAACAAUAUGACUUGGUUUUAUCAACUGAAUGGAUAACAUAAAUUGGCCAUUGUAAAGAGUAUUAAUUAUUAUUCAGAGUGUUAACCCCUUCACCAGAGCUCAGAGCUCUAUGUCCCUCAUACCAUUUGCUCUAAUGAAGGGACUAAUGCUUAAAACAUCAGCUCAGAAACUGUUUAUAGUGGCCAAUUUACAUUAUCAGUCGAUAAAAGCAAAUUAUCUUUUUAUUCUCCCACACCAAUGCAGCACCACAUGUCAGUUUAUUUAGAAACUUACUGCCUUUAUAUCUAAAACAAGCUGAGGAAACCCAUUGACAAAAUGCUAUGAGAGGAGUCUACUAUUAAUACUUGAUUGCAGUAAACAUCCCAAAUUGAAUUAAGGCUGGGAGAAAAAAAGGAAGAGAAGUGAACCAAUAGCAUUAUUACCCAGGCUGUACCUGUAAUAGGCAGGCACACUAUCCAUGAGAAGAAACAACACCCUUACUUUGCUUCAUGUUUAUUAAACCUGCUACAUGGCUCCUUUUUCCCCCUCUCUUUGUAAGGAAAUUGUUAACAGCUAAUUUUUUUACUUUUGAAUCUGUAGACUAUCUGGAUGGUGGUAUUAGAGAGGAGAGUCACUCAGAGGAUGAGGAAUCCAGCAGUUCCUCGGAUGAAAUGUUGUUUGACAGUUCAAGCACACGUAAAUCUUCAAGAGGCAGAUCAUCCACAUCUGAGGAGACAAUGCCCUAUACAAGACGAAAGUCAACAGAACUUUCAAUGCCUGGUAGUGCCAUCUUAGAAAAUAUAGACACUCCUCCUCCCUUCCGUAAGAGGACUCUUGCAAUGUCACAAGAUGAACAGCCUCGUAGAUCACCAAACACAAGCCCAUUGCAUCAGGCCAAUGGAAAGCUUAGUAAGUUAUAAUACAGAGUGCCUAGUUAACCUUUAACUCCUAUGGGUGACCAAGAUAGAAUUUCUCCUCACAAUAUCCAUACAAUAUCAAGCAGACAAGUGAUAAGAAUAAAGAGAAAUAUCAAUUAGGGGAUUCUUAGUUGAUCCAAUAACAGAUUCUCAGAACUAACGUCAUAGGAAUUGUAUGGCAGUCAUUUUAAGGAGAAACACAAAUAGAUUCUGGGAGUGAAAGGGUUAAUGAUGUGUUUUUGUAGUUCAAUAUACAUGAAAGAUGCCAAAAGGUAACAAAACCAGAGAACAGAUUCUCCCAUGUAGUUGCAAAUUUUAGGUGGUAAUGUUGUUCAGUUUAAUACCUUAUGCCUCAAGAUUAUUUUAGUGAGUAUUUUAUAUACUGUUCUCUAUUCAUUUUCUUUGGUGCUGACUUGGAUAAUUCAUUUUACAAUCAAAGCUUCCUAGGUUGGCAAUCAUUUUAUGUAUUCCCAUGAUCUUAAUGAAUAAUUCAGCAGGAUUACUGUAACAAGAAAUUAGAUGCUGGCCUCUCUCAGGGUUGAAAGGGUUAAAGGUUUUGAAAGGAUUUGCUAAGCUGAUAUGAGUUUUACUCAGUAUGACAUUGUAAUGUUUACUUUAUGUCUCUUGAAUAUAGCUUGUAAUUGCACAUGUUUCUGCCUUUAUUGAUUAACAUUUCUAAUGGUAGUAAUGGCUUUGCAAGCCUACAUCAGAGUGUUUUUUUAAUUUGUUCUUUUUGUUUAGCUCCAGACAGCAGUCAUACUGAGCCAGAAUCUCCUAAAAGGGAAAAAAGUGGUAGUUUUACUGGAAGAGGUCACGUAACUGAUUUGAGAGAUGAAGUUGAUGCAAGGGUGAAGAAACUGGUGAGAAAGCAGGACACAGAAGAGGAAGACAUUGAUGAACUGGUGAGAACCUUCAAAGAAUCAGAGGCUUCUGUGAGCAAGGAUGUUGGUGAUGCUGGUGAGUGCCCAAUAGACAUCCCAGGUGCACUGUGCCUGUGUAUUGUUCUGGUGAACCAAAAGAUUUUGUGUUGCUGUGCGUCUGUUCAGUAAUAGAUGACAGAUGAUGUUAAAAGGUGAUAAGAACUUAAUAGUGGUGCAGUAUGUCACUGAUGUUCUUACCACAUUUUGACAUCUUCUGCGAUCUACCACUAACAGACACAUGGCAACAUGAUAUCUAAUUGUUUUACCUUGUUUAUUUGAUUAAACACCACCUUGAAUAAACGCUGUGGCCAUGUUGUUGUUGUUGUUGUAAAUUAAUACUGUUGCCUAGAAUAAAUGCUGCACUUGAAUCAUGAAAAAUUUUAUAAACAUGGCAGUAUUUAAUAGAAUAAAUAUGGUACAUAAUAAUGAAGCAAAAAAUCUUUCAAUGAUGACAUUAUUAUCUAUGCAUGGAUGGAUAAUUAUUGAGAGCCAAUAAAAAUGUGUGCAUAAUUGUGCCUAUUAUUAUAUGACUACUGUUUACAUUAUUUCCAUUUCCUCACCUUUCUUUGCAUCACACUGGGGUUUAAAGGUUUUGGUGCAUGUGUCAUGUUUAAGGGGGGAUCUCGCAUGAAUUAGUUUUUGAAUAAUUUUUCAGUUUCAGUUCCCUGACCUAAUCUGUAUUUCUUCCUCACCCCAGGGGUGUUACUUUGGGUUUUCCAGUUGUCACCCCCCCCUCCCCUCCACAACAACCACAUUUCCAAAUUCCAAUCCAUCAUGCCAUCAGUGGACAAGAUGAGCCAUGCAAUGGAUAUCCACUGCUAAAUUUGAUCUGUUGUUUGUUAUUUUAAAAUUAGUAUUGUUGGUAAUGCACCCCAUAAUGGAUGUGCAAUCAAUAGACUCACUCCCCCAUCCCCACCCUUUUGCUAAUUUUUUACUGUCUCUGACCCCCUUGGCACAAAUUUCUUUCUCUCCCCAGCCUUCUGCUGUUACUAUAAUCAAAGACAGCGCCAUAAUUUUUGCCAAGAAAACACUGUGCACUUGUUUGCCAAAAUUAUGCCUGCUCUUUAGGCUACUUUUCUUGAUGAGGAAUGGCAGUUGAAAUGUUGCUGUCCUCAAUUGAAAGUAACUAAUUGGUUUGAACUUCUAAUCUGUGAGAAUAGUAAUCUGUCUAAUAGAGGGUUGUAACCAAUGCUUUAUGUUUUUUUUUUUUUAUUAAUUUGUUAGGAUUAGGAACAUUGGAAUUUGAUGUCCAUUAUAACAAACAACACAGUCAGCUUCAGGUGACAGUUGUUUGUGCCAAGGUGAGUGUUACAUUUGAACUGCACAGUCAGCCAAAAACCAUAUAGCUUUGUAUGGACAUGUCAUCUCUGGGUAGUAUUUAUGCAGGGAUAAUUUUCAAGGUAAUGCUGAUGAUAUUUGUUAUUUGCAGAGCCUGAAAGCCAUGGAUUCCAGUGGAACAUCUGAUCCUUAUGUUAAAAUUCACCUUCUUCCUGGUGCUAGUAAGGUAAACCUGCUAAAAUUGUUGUAGUAUUGACUGCUGUAACCUAAUUCAAACAACAAAAGAAGUAUUGAGAAGCCCUAUCAAGUAGCACUAGGUAUGGUAAUUGUAAAACCAUUUUUUCUUCCUUUUUUUAAAAAAUCAGUUUUGACAAGUGAUGAAUCAAUUGAUUAUUGGUUCAAGUUUUAAAACUGAUUGGUUAAGAAAGUGACCAAUCACAGAGCAAAGUAAAGCAAAAUCAUUUGCAAAGAGUGCUGUAUUACUUUCGACACUUAAUUGAAAACUGCUCUAUUGUCUGAUUUUCCUUGUUUUGCAAGAAUCACCAGAUUAAUAAUGGCUAAUUGGUGGUUAUUAAUAUAAACGAAUAGAUGUUAGCUUUCUGUCUGGUUUUUCUUCUUCAUCUCAUUCCCAGAGUAACAAAUUAAGGACUCGCACCAAGUACAAGACCCUGAAUCCGAAAUUUGAUGAAGUAUUGGUAUAUCAUGGGAUCACAGAUGAUGAUAUUUCAAAGAAGUCUCUCAGGUAGAUAUCACUAGACCCUUUACACCCUAACAUUAGUAUGCAAAUUCUCCCCACUGUUCUCUGCACAUUUCGUAAGAUGCGGUUCAAAGAGAAUUUGUUUAACAAUCAAGGGCUUCUUUAGGCGGUGAUCAUUUCCUUUAUUAUUGUGACCUUAAAGUUUGAUUCAGGGGUGAUGCUGUGAGGAGAUAUUACAUGCUAGUCUCUCUCUUAGGGUCUCAGAGUUUAUUUGCCAGUGUGCCUAAAAUUAAUACAAGAGUAUUGACUAUAUUGGCAGUCAUUCCUAUCAUGAAACAUUUCGUUGAAUUUUUUCCUUUUCACAGACUUCAGGUUUUGGACGAAGAUAAACUUGGUCGCAAUAAUUUCAUUGGAGAGACAUGUGUGGCUCUAAAGAUUUUUCACAGUAAACCAUCUCAGUCUUUGAAAAGGUCACUAGUCUCUAGAGGUUCUGUAAGUAUAGAUAGUGUCGUUAUAUAUUCCCAUUUUUUUAAAUGUCGUGUUCUUGUUUUAGACAUGAAAUGAUCUGGGGUCACAUUGUUUUUUUUUUUCAUGUCUCUGUCUCUUUGGAUCACUGGUGCAAUCAUAAAAUAUGUGUAUCGUGGAAAAGAUUGAAGAAGGACGGGUAAGUACAUCAUUUUUUGCCGUGGUGAACAAUUACAUUUCCUUGCCCGUAAAGCCCUUGCAUUUCCUUCAAAUUGUGAUAGUUCAUCGAGAAGAGCCUUGAAUAGAAAAGGUUUUCCCUUCUUAGAUGUAUCUGUGUAGAUACGAAGGUUGCAUUUUUUAAGGUCGUUACCAAAGUGUGAGUCGUUUGAAUGGAAGUGUUGUGAAAGAAAGGUUUCAUUGUGCAGUAAUUGGCCAAUGGAAGAGAACACAGGUGAUGGAUUGUUUUGUAUGGGGAGAUUUAGGGGAGUGGGGCGAGGUGCCCAAGGGAUCGUCGGACCCUUUUUUCUCUUGUCAAACAACCCUUUUGAGUUUGGAAAACGGGGAAUACGGGAAUGAGAUUCUCCUUAAAGGCGAUUUAAGAAUGAACUUCGAUGGAUGUUCGUGACAGAAUAAUGGAGUACAGAGGCAGAGUGCGCUGUGUGGUAGGCCUUUCUUUUUUCCUCGUUGAGAUGCACCCUGUUUAAAUUCUGAUAUAUUGUCCUUUCUGCAUGGUUAUAUCCAAAAACGACAUAUUCAUAUUCCCGAAACUGGAUGCAGAAGUGUCCUUAUUCAGACAAUAAGGAACAGAGGAAAGAAGUGUGCGUACUGUGCAUUUCUUUCCCCGAUAACAUUAUACCUACUGAAAGGUUAAUAAUCUAUACAGGAAUCUCCAGAACCUGAUCUUGGACGUCUUCAACUGUCACUGAAGUUCAAAUCACAAAAGAAUCAACUUAUAGUCGGUGUGAUUCGCUGCGCCGGUCUGGCAGCCAAGGACGCCAAUGGUUAUUCAGAUCCGUAUGUCAAGUGGUGAGUGUCAAUAAAUCACUGUGUUUUUUCUGUAUACCACGUCAUAUCAAUUAUCAGGCUUUAUGUACAAUGUUGCUAUUUACCAUUUCUGUUUCUUGGUUUUGAUUUUUUCCUAUCUUUUCAGUUACCUUAAACCUGAUUUAAACAAAAAAUCCAAGAGAAGAACGAGUGUAAAGAGAAAGACGCUAAAUCCUGAAUAUAACGAGGUAAGAAUUAUCAGCUACCUUUUGCUAAAGCCUCCUACCACCAUUUAUCUUAACGAGGAAUUCGAACGAGUUCUCUCAGUCAGUUUUAUAUCAUAAAGGGAGUUUCUAAGGAAACUAUGGCGAUGCGUCGGUGGGAGAGUAUAACAAGUUAAUUUGGUUUUAUCAACUGACUCAAUAAAGUAAGUUGGCCACCGUAGAGAAUUUCUAAAGCCGAUGUUUCGAGCUUCAGCCCUUCGUCUUAAAAAAGGGCUAACGACGAUUUAAAUGAUCAAUUUAGUUGAUAAAGUGGCAUCUUUGUGUAUUAUGUUUUGUCCCAACAGGAAUUUGUUUAUGAUAUCGCGCACAGUGACCUCGCGAAGAAAAGUUUAGAAUUAACAGUUUGGGAUCAUGAUGUUGGAAAAAGUAACGAUUUUAUAGGUAAGAGACCAUAGGUUUUCUGUACUGUUUACAUAGUGACAUUUGCGCUGCAUCAGGAUGAUAUAGAGUCGCUUACAUUGAGUUACCUUACAGACUCAUGAGAUGGUAAAGCAUUGUGGGUAACACUUACCCUCUUCCCCUGUGGCAUAAAGAGAUGAGAAAUAUUCCUGAUUUGGUUUUGAAUUCUAGGAUGCUACACCCUCCCCUUUUAUGUCAAGGAGAGAAAUCUGUGAAAAUUAGUUUAAUACAUCCGUGAAAAGUAAACAAAGCUUCUUGACUGAUUAUCUUUAAAACAAAAACCCAAAGUAAUCAGAACAGCCAGUUGGGACAAAGGUAACUUUCACAGGGAGCCCAUGGUAUACGAAGUAAGUUCAGGAAGCUGGCCUCAAGUGCUAGAAAAUGCGAGUGAUCAAAACUCGAUUGGGUUAGUGUGGCAUCUGAUUAGAUGAGAAGGUGGCGCGAGUUAUCUAGAGCAAUCAAAUGGCGCAGUGAAGCUAAACCACUGCAAUCUCAAAUUUCCUUCGACACUCUUACUAGAAUUGCGCUAAGACAGGUCCUCUUCAUGAAAACUUAGGUACCUUAGGAAGUAUUAAACAAUAAUAUGUCUUUCCUAGGUGGAGUUGUGAUGGAUAUCAACUCGACCGGAAGUGCAUUGAUGCACUGGUACGCCAUGCUGAAAAACCCAAACCAAGCACACACUUAUUGGCACACGCUGGAAAAACUAACCAAUCACGAACAGGAAUAAUAUUUUGGGCUUAGUUAUAGUAAAUAUUCGAAGAAGUCUCAUGGUAGUUGUGUUACUCAAUGUCACAGCGGUUCACCCAAUACUAAUCACUUCUCGUAUAAUAACCAUCACUAAGCAAUGGACAGUGUAGAGACCAGGAGAUAAAGCUAACGAUGCCUGCCCAUAGAGCUACUUUCGAUUGAGUGUUGUGAAAGCAAAACCAAAAUAAUCACCAAUGAAAUGAAAGGAAGAUAUCUCAUUGAGCCGAUAUGAUCUCAAAACGAACUGUUCGAGUGAAGCGCACGAAAAUACGAGUGACCAAGUCGUGAUUGGUUUUAGUUUUGCAUCUGAUUGGUUGAGAAAGUGGAGCAAGUUUUCCGGACCAAUCACACAGGAAAGAAGAGCAAACCAAGCAAUCUCAGAUUCCUUUCAACACUCAUUUGAGAAUUGCCUAACGACUCGCUGGAAUAGUCAAUUCCUGAACUAUCGCGGAAUUUUCAUCAAUUUAUAGAAACUUUCAGACAACAAAAGGCGUUUUACUUCUGAACUGAUAAAACUGUCUAGGCAAAUCCGUUUAAUACAGUAAACUCCCUGUGCACAAAAAAGUUUGUCUCCUUCCGAGAAUUGGAUGGGCUAGGCUGCUUGUUAAUAGCGGUCGAAUUAGAACAUUUUUCAGUUAAAACACAGAAUGCCACAAAACAAACAAACAAAAACAACAAGCAAUAGGUCAUUGCUUCCAAAUAGAAUCAUAUUCCAGAAUGAGACGGAGACACUCAACUUGGAUCGGAAGCUUUCCUGAUUAGGAAGGAUUCCCAGCUUAGCUGAGAUACACUAAAGACUUUAUUCUGAAUUGGCCAGUGAGUUUAACAAGGUCUUGAUGUUCCUAGUUUCAGAGGUAUUCAAGGUAUAAAUAAUUUCAUGCGUUUCGGUUACAUUUGGAUUCUCCUUAAAGACCAUUUGUUAUCACCUGGGAGGAGGGACGGUAAGGGGUCGGAGAAAUUUAAUUUAAAUUUACCUGUUUCCCUCCCCCCCUGAGGCUCUGUAAUAUUCUGACACCCCCCCUUUUUUACUGGCAGUCAAAUUUCUACGGUCACCCCCCUUUACACUCUGUCAGCGACGACGUAUCCCGCCUCUCCCUCCCCCCCUCCGCCUCCCCCCUCUCCCUCCCCACUGAAAUCCACGUGAUACCCCCAAAUCCUCCGACCCCCCUCCGUAGGUGAUGAAUAGUAACAGAUCCCUUACUUGGGGGUGAGGGGGGGGAGUUGAGGGUGUAAGGGGAAGGAGUUGAGGGCAUGGAGGACAAAUUUAUUUUUUGUUAUGUCAGUAAUUUUCGUUAUUUUCAACUAAAAAUAAAAAUGCCUUUUGUUUAUGUUACUCCAUAUGUAUGCUAAUUAUUUAGGAAAAAAUAUACAUUUUUGUUUUCAUACACCUUUCAAUGUCAAUUGUCCGUUGUCUCAUUACUAAGGAGACUGACAGACACAAUUAAGGAAAUGAUAACAAAGAACAAUUUUGUCAAUUUAUAGAAACAAAUUGUCCGAUAUAAAAGCCUUUUUAUAUUCCCUCUGACAGUGUAAAAGAAAAACAGUUGCAUAGAUUGUUAACAAUAAUUUGAAAGGUUGUGCAACAA